UUCUUCCCUGUACUGUUUUUUUUUUUACGAUUCAGCUUAAAUGAAAGCAUGAAUGUUGUACUUAACCGGCCAGCUUAGCUUUCCUUAGCUAUCUAUUAAGCUGCCACGCCAGCACGUCAACUUGAAAUAAAAAUAAAAAGCACAACCAGCGACAUUCAUUCACACCCGUAGCAAGAUGAGGAGACUGAGCAAAAAGAAAGCUUUAACACUGGUCAGGGAGCUGGAUGCCUUCCCCAAAGUCCCCGAGAGCUACGUGGAGUCGUCAGCCAGCGGGGGUACAGUGUCUUUGAUUGCAUUUAGUGCCAUGGCUGUCCUCGCCUUCUUGGAGUUUUUUGUCUACAGGGACACAUGGAUGAAAUACGAGUACGAGGUAGACAAAGAUUUUAGCAGCAAACUGCGGAUAAACAUUGACAUCACAGUAGCCAUGAGAUGCCAGUACAUUGGUGCAGAUGUUCUUGAUCUGGCCGAGACCAUGGUUGCUUCUGAUGGCCUUAAAUAUGAACCGGUCAGCUUUGAGCUGGCGCCCCAGCAAAAGAUAUGGCACAUGACUCUUCUUCACAUCCAGGAGCGUCUGCGAGUGGAGCACUCCCUGCAAGACUUGAUUUUCAAGACUGCCAUGAAAGGAUCCCCUCCUGCUAAGUCCAAAAACAUGGAUAGCAGCCCAUCGCCGACAGCCUGCCGGAUUCACGGACAUCUGUACGUCAACAAGGUGGCUGGAAACUUCCACAUCACUGUUGGAAAGUCCAUUCCUCAUCCACGAGGCCACGCCCACCUUGCAGCUCUCAUCAGCCAUGACAGUUUCAACUUUUCCCACCGUAUCGAUCAUCUGUCUUUCGGAGAGGACAUCCCGGGCGUCAUCAGCACCCUGGACGGCACCGAGAAAGUCACGACCGAACCCAAUCACAUGUUCCAGUACUUCAUCACCAUCGUCCCCACUAAACUCAACACGUACAAGGUUGUGGCUGACACGCAUCAGUACUCUGUCACAGAGAGGGAACGAGCUAUCAACCACGCGGCGGGCAGCCACGGCAUCUCAGGGAUCUUCAUGAAGUACGACAUCAGCUCUCUGAUGGUGAAAGUGAGCGAGCAACACAUGCCGCUCUGGAAGUUUCUUGUGCGUCUGUGCGGCAUCAUCGGAGGCAUCUUCUCCACCACAGGCAUGCUGCACAGUGUGAUGGGCUUCUUUGUAGAUGUGGUCUGCUGUCGCUUCCAAAUGGGAAUCUACAAACCUCUCAAGGAGCAUCCUGUGCAAAUGCAACACGCAAAGGAGCAAGCGGUGCCCCCUGCUGACACGAACUUGACUCAGUCAAUGAGCUGACAUCAGAUGCCAACUUGAGUAUGGAAAGCCAUUUGACUUGAGCAUUUAUUGUUCCCAUUCAUAAUUCGGGCCCACUAGAAGGAUAUCAAAUGAAUGUGCAAAUCAUUCUUACAAACAAACAAACAAACAAACCACUCAAAUACAUUCUUAAUUACUUCAUGUACAUUAGAUCGCUUUAAAGACAAACAUUAAAUUUUGAGAGAAAAAAAUACCACACAAAAGAUGCCUAUGUGUAAAUGUUUAUUAAAUAAAAUCUCUCCACUCGA